AUGAGGCUACGCGUCCUGCCUCUGCUCUCCCUGGUCUGCGCUAGCGUCUCCCUUGCCCGCAACUUCGACGAGGUUCGCCUCCUCGGCGCCCAGGCCGUGAACCUCUGGAAACUCGAAAAAGCAGCCGCAAAACUUAGAGCGUCACCGAAAUUCACCGUCCAAGGCCCCACAGACGGCUUCGCCCCACAAGAGGAAGACGAUGAGGACAAUGAGGAAGCGGAUACCAAAGCAGGAUUCAGCGCCCAGUGGUUCACGCAGCCGCUGGACCACUUUGACAAGUCUGUGAAUGCGACAUGGCCGCAGCGCUUUUGGGUCAAUACGCGGCAUUACAAGCCUGGGAGCGGUGGCCCCGUGUUUGUGCUGGAUGGAGGAGAGACGAGCGGGAUGAACCGAAUUACCUUCCUCAACACAGGAAUCAUGGACAUUCUUGCCAGGCAUACCGGCGGCAUCGGCAUCGUUCUGGAGCAUCGUUACUAUGGAAAGUCUGUUCCAGUAGCAAACUUCACGACUGACAACCUGCGAUGGCUGAACAAUGCCCAAUCUGCUCAGGACAGCGCUAACUUCAUGGCAAACGUCCGCUUCAAUGGCAUCGACGAGGACUUGACCGCACCGAAUACGCCUUGGAUCUAUUAUGGUGGCUCUUAUGCUGGUGCUCGUGCUGCCCACAUGAAGAUUCUUUACCCUGAUCUCGUAUAUGGCGCCAUUGCUUCCAGCGGCGUCACCCACGCGACCCUCAUGAACUGGGAAUACAUGGAGAUCAUCCGCACAUAUGCUGACCCCGUUUGCUCUGGACAUCUUGAGAAUGCGAUCAAAGCCAUCGACACUGUCAUUACGUCGCGCUUCAAGCGCCCACUGAAGGCCCUAUUCGGACUGGGGGAGCUGAGUCAUGAUGACGAUUUUGUUUCGGUACUUGAGAGUCCCCUUGGGUCAUGGCAAGCACAAUGCUGGCACCCAAGUUUUGUCUCCACACAAUUCGACGAAUUCUGUGAAGCACUCGACAAACCGCCGUUCGGUCAUGGGCUGUCUUCGCUCAGCGACUUGCCUUUUGGUGCUCCCGAGCGAACUGUGACAUUGUCCGAUGGACUCGCUGUCGACCUCACGAUCGUCAACUACGCGAAUUACAUCAAGAAGAAUGUUGUGUCGCGGUGCCCAGAAACCGCAACCGUUGACGAGUGCUUUGGGACAUGGGAUGACUCGCAAUACGAGGCCGCGGAUAUCGACCAGACUUGGAGGCUAUGGCUGUUCCAAGUCUGCACAGAGUGGGGCUAUUUCGCAACUGCUCCGCCGGACCCAGACUAUCCUCGAAUCGUAUCCAAGCUGCUCACACUGAACUACGAAGCCAAAAUCUGCAGGCAGGCCUUUCCCCCAGGCAAACACUUUGUUGUCCCGACCAUGCCCAAUGUCACGGUCGUCAACGAAUUAGGAGAUUUCGACAUCGCCGCAGAUCGGUUGGCAAUCAUAGAUGGUGAAAUUGACCCAUGGCGCCCCGCGACGCCACACAGCGACUAUGCUUUUGAGCGGGAGGAUACGGUGCUGCGGCCGUUCAAGCUCAUCCCAGGCGGCGUCCAUCAUUACGAUGAGUGGGGCCUGCUCGACCUGAUGCAGGAGCCGGAGGAGAUUCGCAAGAUCCACGAGGAGAUGAUCUUCUUUGUUAGAGAGUGGUUGAAGGACUGGAAGGCGCCGGAAACUAAGCCCGGGGACAUUUAA